GUUUAAGGAAAAAUUGUGCUGUGUUUGGAUACAAGUAAAACGCAUAUAUUUACAUAUUUGCGUAUUUGCAUAUUUAUACGUUUAUGCAUUUAUAUAUACGUUUACGUGUUCCCUUUUGUCAACUUUUUUUUUUUUUGCAUUGCAAAGAAUGUACUUUCUUGUACAGGUACAUAUUGUACAUAUUAUGUAACACGCUUAACAAAAACCUUACGUAUAUAUUUUUUAUUUUACAUUAAAUUUCUCGUUGGUACGAAAUAAGUAGUUAACGUAAAUUUUCUUUUUUUUCUUGUUUCUUUUUUGCUUUUUCUUUUUUUUCCUGUUUCUUUUUUCUUGUUUCUUUUUUUUCUUGUUUCCUUUUUUCUUGUUUCCUUUUUUCUUUUCCUUUUUUCUUUUUCCUGUUUUUCGUUUUCCCUUUUUUUCCCUUUUUCACAUUUAACCCAUUUUUGUUAAAAAAACAAUUGCAUUGUAAUGUCAAUUCUUCCUCCCAUUUUGAAUAAAAAGCUGAGAGAAUUUAAUUAAAGUUAUAUAGUAAAAUUCUGCGGAAAUAACAGGAAAUUUCCUUUUUUUUUUUUUAUAAAUAAAGUUGGCUAAAAAAAGAAGAUUUCUUUUUUCUGUACCAAAUAACAAAAAAUGUCAGGAAAAGGACCAGCUCAAAAAUCCCAAGCUGCAAAGAAAACUGCAGGAAAAACCUUGGGACCAAGGCAUAAGAGAAAAAGAAGAACAGAGUCAUUUUCACUUUACAUUUUUAAAGUUUUAAAACAAGUGCAUCCAGAAACUGGUGUGACGAAAAAAAGCAUGAAUAUUAUGAAUUCUUUCAUUAAUGAUAUAUUUGACAGAUUAGUUACCGAAGCAACUAGACUAAUUCGUUAUAAUAAAAAGAGAACCUUGUCAUCACGUGAAAUUCAGACUGCCGUUAGGUUACUUUUGCCUGGAGAAUUGUCAAAACACGCUGUCUCUGAAGGAACCAAGGCCGUAACAAAGUACACCACCAGUGGUGCAUAGACGUAAGGCAGCAAUUGUUUUUCAAACAUCAUGGGAAAUACAAAGGUAUAUAUCCCCCACCCCUCACUGCGUAUUGUAGUUAUGGGUCCAAACAUAUAUAUAGCUGCACGCGCACGCUUUUAUUAAGUACCCCCCGUAUGGAACGUUUUAUGGCAUUAU